AUGAGCGUUAUAGUUAAUGCCAGGAAGAAUGUGCAGAUGUGGUUAGCAAGGGAUGAACUAAUGUGGAGGCAGUGUUUUAAGGCUCUCUGGCUUAAGGAAGGGGAUAAAAGCUCUCGGUUCUUUCAUCUGAAAGCCUCCAUUCAUAGGAAAAGAAAUUCUAUUUUGAAACUGAGAGAUGUAAGGGGGGAAUGGGUGCAUGGGGAUGGAAAAGAUAAGUUGAUUGUGGACUAUUGUGGGGAUUUAUUCUCUACUGCAUCACAUCGAGGAAAUAUGGAUUUUUUGAGUAGUCUGCAUGGUAGAGUUACUUCUACUAUGAAUGAAUCUUUGACUGCUAUCUAUACUGAGGCAGAGGUGGUACUUGCCUUGAAAUUUGAAGGCUCCAAGGCCAGAUGGGAUGGCCCGUAUAUUUUUUCAACAUUAUUGGUGAUUGCGAAUAGGUUGAAGGGAAUUCUUAAUGAUGUUGUUUCUAAACCUCAAUUUGCUUUUGUACCAGGCUGUUUGAUAACAGAUAAUGUUUUGAUAGCAUAUAAGCUUAUUCACUAUUUGAAACAAAGGAGAGUGGGUACGAAGGGUUAUAUGUCUGUUAAAGUUGAUAUAAGCAAAAUGGGAUUUUCUGGAAAUAGUUUUGCUCUCUUUGGGAUUUGA